AUGCCUACUUAUAACGCGGGUGCAGCCUUAUCACUGCAUCCCGCUGUGUACAUAUCAGCUUGGAUAUUCUUCUCAAACUCGACUAUCAUAUUCAAUAAAUGGUUGAUCGAUGAUGCCGGUUUCCCCGUGAUACUGACAUUAUGGCAUAUGGUCUUUGCCACUUUGGCGACUCAAGUGCUCGCCAGGACUACCAACAUUCUCGAUGGCCGUCAUAAAACUCACAUGAAUACCGAGCUAUAUAUGAAGACCGUUGUUCCUAUCGGUCUUCUGUAUAGUGGAAGUAUGGCGUGUAGCACUUCGACCUUUCUGUACCUGAGUGUUUCGUUCAUACAGAUGUUAAAGGCCAUCGCACCAGCUAUCACCCUUAUUGUUGGCUGGUUCUGGGGCGUUGAGCACCCAACUUGGACGACAUUUAGUUACAUCAUGCUCAUCGUCGUAGGUGUCGCUUUAGCGAGCGCCGGUGAAGUGCAGUUUUCCUGGCUCGGGUUCGUCUUCCAGAUCGCCGGUAUCAUAUUCGAGUCUAUUCGUGUCAUCAUGAUACAGUCUCUUAUGUCGAAUACGGGCUUGAGCAUGGACCCUCUCGUUAGUCUUUAUUAUUACGCUCCGGUCUGCGCCGUCACCAAUUUCGUCCUGGCCAUUGCUACUGGGUGGGACUCAACCGUAUGGGUACAUGCUGCUGAGGCUGGCUUCUUUAUGUUAUUGCUGAAUGCAAUUGUCGCAUUCUUAUUGAAUGUUUCAAGUGUACUCUUGAUUGGGAAAACCUCCGGCCUUAUUCUAGUACUUACUGGUGUUCUCAAGAAUAUUCUCCUCGUAGUUACAGCCGUGGCGAUAUGGGGCACGCCAAUAGCCUUUAUCCAGCUAAUUGGCUAUAGUUUGGCGCUGAUCGGGUUGAUUCUCUACCAGUCAGGCUGGGAGGGAACAGGCGAAAUCCUGAAAUCCAGCGUGAGGCGAAUAACGGAAUAUUCGCGCUUUGGAAAUAGGAAACCAUGGCUCCUUGUAGCAUCCUUGGUCCUAUCAGCACUACUGACUAUCGCCUAUUUCAGGGGAGGGCUAUUUUUUGAGGCGCAGUCGCCCACUACCGAGACUAUUAGGAUAGUGGACCAUCCGUCAAGUGCUUGGCUAACAUGGAUACACGAGAAGACCGACAAUUGGUGGAUUAGAAGGGAGGAAUGA